GUUUUUGGUUGUGACAGCCGAUGCUCCCCAGCUGUCCUCCCCAACCGGCUGAACAAGAAAUGGGAUGGGAAACCAGGAGAGCGGAGCUCCAUCUUCUAUUCUGCUGGACAGUUUUUCUUUGAGUACCUGGUGGUGGUGUCACUGAAGAAGAUGCCAGAUGGACAUUAUGAACCCAAAAUAACCUACCAGUUCCCAAAGCGUGAGAACUUGCUGAAGGGCCAGAAGGAGGAGGAGGAACGUCUCUUACAAGCCAUCCCCCUCUUCUGCUUCCCCGACGGCAACAACUGGGCUCCUGUCACGGAGUUCACCAGUGAAACCUUUUCUUUCGUCCUGACCAACGUGGAUGGCAGCAGGAAGAUCGGCUACUGCAGUGGGCUCCUGUCACGGAGUUCACCAGGUGCCAAGCAGCCGGGUGCCCUCAGCCCAAAAUUGCUUCUGAACAAGUGGCUGCCUUUCUCAGCUCAUGGAUUGGGCCAGCUCGGGGGCUGCGAGCCAUCCGGCCGUGGUGUCCGCCUCCCUGAGGUGUUCUGCAUCAUCAGCUGCCUGGGCUGCUUCGGACUCUUCUCCAAGAUCCUAGACGAGGUGGAGAAGAGGCGCCAGAUCUCCAUGGCGGUGAUUUACCCCUUCAUGCAGGGACUUCGGGAGUCGCCCUUCCCAGCUCCGGGGAAAACCGUCACCAUUAAAAGCUUCAUCCCUGAGUCAGGCACAGAGCUCAUCGAGCUCACACGGCCUGUGGACGCCCACCUGGAGCACGUGGAGUUUCAGGCUCUGCUCCAGCGGCUCAGCCCCCACCUCAUCCUGCACAUCUUUGCCUCCGCCGUGUUGGAGCGACGGCUCAUUUUCCUUGCAGAGGAGCUGAGCGUCCUGUCGCAGUGCAUCCACGCGGUAGCUGCUCUCCUCUACCCCUUCACCUGGGCUCACACCUACAUCCCCGUGGUCCCCGAGUGCCUGCUCGACACUGUCUGCUGCCCCACGCCCUUCAUGGUCGGCAUCCAGAUGCGGCACCUGGAGCGGGCUCUGAUAGUUGACCUCUGCGAAGGGAAGAUCCUCCGAGCGGUCGGCGAUGAGGAGGAGAUCUUGCCCAUCAAGCUGCAGAACGAGGUGCUGACAUCUCUGAACAGGCACAACAACAACAACAACGUACAGACAUCCGAGCAGGUGAACACGCUCGUCUCUGAAGCCUUCGUGCAAUUCUUUGUCCGAAUGGUCGGCCACUACGCCUCGCACAUCAAGUGGAGUAAAAACGGCUCGGGCACGUUCCAGGAGCGAGCCUUCUGCAAAGCCAUCGCCUCCAAGACCAACCGCAAGUUUGUGAAGAAGUUUGUGAAGACGAACAUGUUUUCCCUAUUUAUUGAGGAAGCAGAAAAGAGCAGGAUCCCACAGGAAGCGUAUUUCCAGCAGAAAAUAACAGAGUACCACGACCAGAAGAAGCACCGAAGGGACUCCUGA